GCAAUAGGUAAUUCUCGACAAUUUCAUUUCUUAUUUAUUAUUUUUAUUUCUGUUCGCAUCAUAUUAACACCAACAAGAAGUUGAUUAAGUAAAUGUUGCAUGAACUACUUAACAAUUUUUUUGUGCAAUCGAAAACCCACAAUGCUCUCAAGACGGGGCAAAGACAAGGUUAAUAACAAUAAAGAGGGCGUUGUAGGUAAAUAUGUAAAGAAGGAAACUCCAUUACCAUCAUUAAUUAAUGUUUGGUCAUUUGAUGACCAACGUGCGCAUACUAAAAAAUCUUUACAAAGAUGCGCUAGCACUUCGCCUAGUUGUGAGUUUUCAAAUAGUCGUAAUACAUACACUUGCGGUGAUAACCAAUAUAAUGCGCAGCCCGAUUAUUAUCACUCACGACGAGCGCAGUCACAAUUGCCCCCAUCGAGUCAUCAUUACCCUGCAACCACCCAACGUCAACCACAUCGAGGGCCGCUAACAACCCAACAUGCUCAUUUCUACUCAACUAGAAAUUUGGACAUAAAUAGCAGCGGCAAAAGUAACAGCAGCAAUAGUAGCAACAACAGCAAUUAUGUUAAUAUUGAACAAAUUGAACGGAUGCGUCAGCAAUCUUCGCCGCUAUUACUGCCUCCAAGUGGUUUUGACCGAUUUCAACGCAGUUAUUCAACAAAUAACAAACAUACGCAAUCAAAUGAAGUCUGUCCAAUAUAUGAAAAUUCGUACCGUGUUUCAUCUACACCUGGAAUCAAUACUGCUUCUCUUGCCACUGAUAGUCGUUCUUCACUUUCAGUUGCUGGCAAUCGAUCAGAAUCUCCCAUUUACAGUAAUACAACAUCAUUGACUACUAUUAACAAUAGUGGAAGUAGUAAUAUGCAUUCAACUUAUGAACUUGCACAUAACAAUAAUCGGCUAAUGCCACCUCCGCACACCACACCACACAGUGGAAACUCGGUGCAAUCAUUAUAUCAUGCUUCAUCAACGCAAUUGCGACCACAGGUGCAUGUGACACCAGCUGGUAGUGAAGUAUUGCACAAAGUGCCUUCACAACAAUCACUUGAAGAGGAAUUGCCAUUACCACCUGGAUGGGCCACACAAUAUACCCUACACGGCCGAAAAUACUAUAUAGAUCACAUCAAUUACACUACUCAUUGGUCACAUCCACUUGAACGAGAAGGUUUACCAGUCGGUUGGAGACGUUUGGUUUCGAAAGUACAUGGUACUUAUUAUGAAAAUCAGUAUACUGGCCAAUGUCAACGACAGCAUCCUUGUCUUACCUCAUAUUACGUUUAUACGGCUCCGGUAGAACAAACGCAAGCUAUAAGACCAGAACCGGUUCCUUACUCACCACCUGCACAUACGCAUAACGCAUUAGUACCAGCAAAUCCAUAUUUAUUAGAAGAAAUACCAAAGUGGUUGGUUGUUUACUCUGAAGCAGACUCUUCAAAGGAUCACAUGUUACAAUUUAACAUGUUUAGUUUGCAAGAAUUGGAAUGUUUCGAUGGUAUGUUGGUUCGACUUUUUAAACAGGAGUUGGGCACAAUUGUGGGAUUCUAUGAACGUUACCGACGUGCACUUAUACUUGAAAGAAACCGUCGUGCUGAACAAGAACUUUAUUUACAAGAAUUACAUACUAAUAAUAAUCAUCAAUAAUAUGAAGAUGCAUUAAUAGAAAUCAUCUUAAAUGCAAUAUAUACUCGCCUCAUAUAUAUUUU